AGGUUUUUCAUAAAAUGAUUAAAACAAAAAUGGAGAGGCCCUUUGGCUGCUUCUUCAUCCUCCUCCUUAUCUCCUAUACCGUCGUUGCCACCUUCGACGAUGAACCUUCUUUCCCCGAAAACGCCGAUCUCACGAAUGACCUAGAACAAAAAUGUUUUAGCAUUGAUAAAGUUGAUCCUAACCUCAAAUUUGAAAAUGAUCGUCUCAAAAGAGCUUACAUUGCUCUUCAAGCGUGGAAAAAAGCCAUUUACUCGGAUCCGUUUAAGACUACAGCCAAUUGGGUUGGUUCUGAUGUGUGUUCUUACAAUGGAGUUUAUUGUGCACCUGCUCUAGAUGAUGAUAGCCUCACGGUCGUAGCUGGAGUUGAUCUUAAUCACGCGGAUAUAGCCGGACAUUUACCACCAGAGCUUGGCCUUAUAACGGACCUAGCUUUGUUUCACAUCAAUUCUAAUCGGUUUUGUGGGAUUAUUCCCAAAAGUUUAUCGAAACUCGCUUUGAUGUAUGAAUUUGAUGUUAGCAACAAUCGAUUCGUUGGUCAGUUCCCUGAAGUUUCACUCUCGUGGCCUUCUUUGAAGUUUCUUGAUCUAAGAUACAAUGAAUUUGAAGGAAGUUUGCCAUCAGAGAUCUUUGAUAAAGAUCUUGAUGCAAUCUUUUUGAACAAUAAUCGGUUUGAGUCGGUUAUCCCCAGUACAAUUGGGAAAUCGAAAGCAUCGGUUGUGACAUUCGCAAACAAUAAAUUCAUUGGUUGUAUCCCAAAAUCGAUUGGUAAUAUGAAGAACCUCAAUGAGAUUGUCUUCACUGGAAACAAUUUAACCGGUUGUUUCCCAAACGAGAUUGGUUUGCUUAACAAUGUGACGGUGUUUGAUGCGAGCAAAAACGGUUUUGUUGGUAGUUUACCGACAACAUUGUCCGGUUUAGCUAGCGUUGAGCAGUUGGAUUUAUCGCAUAAUAAGCUCAACGGAUUUGUUGUCGACAAAUUUUGCAAAUUGCCUAAUUUGGAGAGCUUCAAGUUUUCUUACAAUUUUUUCAAUGGAGAAGCUGAGAGCUGUAUUCCAGGGAGAAACAAUGGGAAACAAUUUGAUGAUACCAACAAUUGCUUGCAGAAUAGACCGAGUCAAAAGCCUGCUAAGCAAUGUUUGCCCGUGGUUAGUCGUCCCGUGGAUUGUAGCAAGGACAAGUGUUCUGGCGGCAGCAACGGUGGCUCUAGCCCCUCACCAAAUCCACCAAGGACGUCCGAGCCAAAUCCAUCAAAACCAAAGCCGGUUAUGCCAAAGCCUAAUGAAUCACCUAAACCAGAACCACAAAAACCAUCAAAACCCGAGACACCAAAAACACCAGAACAACCUACACCUAAACCUCAGCCACCAAAGCAUGAAUCUCCUAAACCGGAAGAACCGGAAAACAAGCCUGAGCUACCAAAACAAGAGGAGUCUCCUAAACCACAACCGCCUAAACCUGAAGAUUCUCCUAAACCAGAACAACCAAAACCGGAGGAGUCACCUAAGCCUGAACAACCAAAACCAGAGGAAUCACCUAAGCCUGAGCAACCAGAAAUACCUGAGCCUCUUGAACCGGUUUCACCACCAAAGGAAGCACAAGCACCGACACCGGAUGAUCCAUAUGACGCAUCUCCGGUUAGAAAUCGUCGUUCUCCGCCACCACCCAAGGUAGAGGAAACACGUGUACCACCACCGCAACCACCAAUGCCUUCCUUACCGCCACCAACACCAGUUUACUUACCACCACCACCGGUUUACUCACCGCCGCCUCCGGUUUACUCACCACCGCCUCCGGUUUAUUCACCACCACCACCUCCGGUUUACUCGCCGCCGCCGCCUCCAGUAUAUUCUCCUCCACCACCACCUGUCCACUCUCCACCUCCACCAGUUGCUUCUCCUCCGCCGCCAUCACCACCACCACCAGUCCACUCUCCUCCACCACCACCAGUUUUCUCUCCACCACCACCAGUCUUCUCUCCACCACCACCAUCACCAGUAUACUCACCACCGCCUCCAAUCCACUCACCACCACCACCGUCACCAACACCAUCAAACGAACCGGUCUCAUCACCAAAACAAUCAGAAGAAGGUGAAGCACCAGAACAAUCACCCGCCACUCCAUCAUCACCGUCAUCUUCUCCGCCCUCCGACACAGCUGUUCCACCACCGGAAAACAACGACGAUGAUGACGAUGGUGAUUUCGUCCUACCACCACACAUUGGAUUCCAAUAUGCAUCACCACCACCACCGAUGUUCCAAGGAUACUAAAACCAAUGUGGUAGUGACAGUGUUACCCAUUUUUAACACUUGUGUCCAUUUUUAACAAGUUAAUUAUUGUUGUAACUGAUGAAAAAAUAUAUCAAACAGAUGAAAAAAUUGAAUGUCAGUUA